CCAAAGAGAAAAAAGAGAGAGACCGUCCCCUCUCCCUUCUCAUUUCUCUGUGUAGACUGUAGAGGGAAGAAGGGCGGGUACUAUAAUUUCCCAAAUUUUACAGUUAGGUCCCUGGCUAGAUCCAUAUCUUCCCGCCCAAAAUUCAGUGCCUAAAAUCUUCCCUCUUUUUUUUCUAAGUCGUUAUACUAGUUUCACUUGUACAAAAUAAAAAUAAAAAAACAUUUAUUGCGUCUAAAAAAAUUCGGUUUGAUUUGUUUCUUAUUUCUUUGUGUUUGAUUGUGCAUUUCUGGUAUGUGUACGACUGAUGAAUUGUUCGUAGAUUUUGAAAUUGGAAAGCAAUGACAGGGUGGUCGAAGAGAGUUGAUGAAUCAGGUAUAGAGAGCUUCAGAAAACCCGAAACCGGCCCGGACCCGAAACAAGUUGUAAAGCCCGAAGUAGUAGAUUACGGUAAUGCUAAGCUGUUGUUUAUAGAAAUUUUAGCUCAAUUCUUCAAAGAAGUUACUGGGCUUUUGUGUUACAGGCCAUUGCCACCAAUGUUGGGUAAUGGAAAAUCAGUUGAUUUGUUCAAGCUUUAUUUGGUUGUUAGGGAAAAAGGUGGGUAUGAGAGAGUUUGUGUGAAUGGUUCAUGGGGUUUAGUGGCUAAGGAUUGUGGGUUUGAUUUGAGUUAUGGGUUGGGUUUGAAGUUGGUUUAUGUUAAAUAUUUGGAUGCAUUAGAGAGAUGGAUGUUGAGACUUAAGAAAAAAAGGAGUACUAAUGGUGUAAUAAAUAGUGAGGUGAGAAAAUGUGAUUUGGGUUCGGGUUUGGGUUCGGGCCAAGCUGGAGUUCCGGUGGAUGUUGAGUUGGAUCUGAAGGAGAUUUUAAUGAAAAUUGCGGAUGAAAAGGCCAACGGCAGUGAAAAUAGAAGUGUUAAUGGUGUUGAAGCUCGGGGUUUUGAUGGCUUGUAUGAAUGUACUGAGAAAUUUGAUAGUAAAAGAAAUUUGGAUCACAGUGUGGUCACUGUAAAGGAUAUUGACGAAAAUAGAAGUGUUAAUGGUGAACAGCUGCGUGAUGGUGUUGAGGCUCGGGAUUUUGAUGGCUUGAAUGAAUGUACUGAGACAUUUGAUGGUAAAAGAAAUUUGGAUCACAGUGUGGUCACUGUAAAGGAUAUUGACGAAAAUAGAAGUGUUACUGGUGAACAGCUGCGUGAUGGUGUUGAGGCUCGGGAUUUUGAUGGCUUGAAUGAAUGUACUGAGACAUUUGAUGGUAAAAGAAAUUUGGACCCCAAUGCAUUUACUGUAAAUGAUAUUAAUGAAAAUAUGAGUGUUAAUUAUGAUGAAGAGCAUUUGAUGUGUGUCAGCGGAAGGGAAAGUGUCAAGGAAGAUUGCAUUAGUAGGAAGAGGAAGCGAGAAUCGUACUUGGAUACGGUGAGGUGGGUUAGUGAAGUCGCGAAGGAUCCUUGUGAUCCUGCUAUUGGUUCUUUGCCGGAAAGGUCUAAGUGGGAGGAUUAUGGCGAUGAAGUGGUUUGGAAGCAGGUUUUGUUGGUGCGAGCUGAAAUGCUUUUAGAAAAGAAUGUGGAUACAUGUGCUCAGUACUCGGCAUGGCAGAUAAAACAGAAGAUGCAUCCAUCUUUGUAUGAUGAUGGUUCUGGUUCUGGAAGAGUAAGAUGCAGCCAGCGAGUCCUAUCUGCAAAAGAUUCUUUGAAAAAGAGGCGUGCACCGCUGUUUUCAGUGUCAUCAUCACCAAGUUUUCAUAGUGAUGAGGAUCAGAUCGAUGGACCAACUGCCUCUUCUGCAGAGUCAGUAGUUGAUUUUUGGUGGAAGCAGCGGAAAAAGAGAAUACCAGUUGGGCCACAGUUUCAAGCAGAUAUUCCCGAAUGGAUUGAGACAAUUUAUGAAAGCGACUCUAAAUGGCUAGGCACCCGAAUCUGGCCGCUAGGCAAACGAGGAAAAACAACAAUUUUAAGUGAAAGAGAUAAAAAAAGAGAUCCUAUUGGGAAAGGAAGGCAAGAUAUCUGUAGCUGCCAAUCUCCAGGUUCUUAUGACUGUGUCAAGUUUCAUCUUCUCGAGAAAAGGAAGAAGAUUGAGAUUGAGUUGGGAUCAGCCUAUUAUCAAUGGAAAUUUGACUCUAUGGGUGAAGAAGUUGCACUUUCUUGGUCAAGAGAAGAAGAAGGGAAAUUUCAGGAUAUAGUGAAGUUGAACCGUUUGACUGAGGACAAGAGUUUCUGGAAUGAGAUUUUCAAGUUCUUUCCAAACAAUAGCAGGGAGUCUUUAGUAAGCUACUACUUCAAUGUCUUCCUUCUCCGGCGCAGAGGCGACCAGAAUAGAACUAAUGCCAGUAAUUUUGACAGUGAUGAUGAUGAAUCAGAAUAUGGACCUAGAUUUAAAUGUUUUGGGCGGGAUGCUAAGUUCUCCAUCUUUUGUUCCCCAAGGAAAAGCACAUCUGGAUCAGAGGUAGUACAUGAAUCUUGAUUGUGGUCAUGGCAUUUUCCAGAACCGUAAAUUGCUGGAGUUUCUUGUGCUUUUAUUCGUGAAGCAAGUUAUAUUGGAAAGUAUGUCUUUUACAACUGCAGAUACAAGAUUCCAUCGUAGAAUUGUAUAUUUUUUGGGUCAGUGAAUUCUUUGCCCACACAGCAGCUUCCUCCCUCUGUUUUGACUUUUGACUACAAAACAAGUGUAUGAAAACUCCCCUUUACACUUCCAAGCUCUUGAGUUUUUUUUACAAAGGAACAAGAUUGCUAGGAAUUCAGUCUCUUAACGGCAAAUCUUUUUUCUGAUAUGCUCAUAAUGAGAUAAUAUUUUCCUUCUCUCC